AUGACCCAAAGAACAUCCGUAGGGACACUCUCGUCAGGAGUUCCCAAUGAGCUGCAGCGACUGUACAGUGCCCCUAGCCCACCCUCACUCCGGCUGUCCCCUCAGAAAUUCUCCAUAGCGGUGUCCCACUGCUACCCCGGCGCCCCCGGGGCCCUCCGGGAGCACUCAGUGACUUGUGUUGGAUUUAAACCUCAUGCCGGCCUCAGGACCACCUCGUCCCGCCCAACACCACCAGGGUCAGCACCCUUUAGUGUGAAAUGUGGGAUAUCUAGACCGUAUCGCAUUCCUAUCCUCGCCUGCACUUUCACGGGUUCCUCCCUCCUGUGGUGGGCCUUCAGCUUGUCCACCUGGGUGAAGAUAGAAGUCCCAGGUGGCUCCCAGGUCCUAUUCAGUGCUCUGUUUGCGAUCGGCAGUGGUGAGGUCACAUGCUGGGUUCCUCUAUCCAAAUCAGACUGCUUCAUAUUUGGUCGAAUUUUCAUGAUCAGCGCCCUUCUUCUUUCCUUCUUCCUGAACAUUAUACUCCUGGCCUUUCCUCAAUCCUUUCCUGAUACCUGGAAACAGUACUUUGUCUUCACAAUCACCUUCUUUAUUAUAGGUAUCUGUGCGUUACUUGCACUACUGCUGCACUCUCUGCAUAUUCUGAAAGUAACUAACACAUUCAAGGAAGCAAAAAUCACCUUUCUCUACCCUUCUUUCAUCCUUUCAUUCAGCAUCACACUGUUUUUCUUCUCUGGGAGUCUCUGCUUCUUCAGCUCCCACCACUGUUGGUUUCUACAGAGGCCGAUCCAAGUGAAACCCAAGCAAACAUCUGUGGCCAAUGGGAGCCCAGUGACAGUCGCCUGGAGUAAAUCGGGUGGAGAUAGCUAG